CACUCGAUCCGAGGGGAAGACCAGUGAAUUCAUUCAUAUUUUUUUUGCCUAAGAGUGUUUGUGAUAAUCUGCAGAAAACAUCGAGAAGAAACGUAGUCCAUAAAACAGUAAAACGAAGCAGGAUUAGGGCUAGUUCCUAGAAAUGAACCAUUUUUGCAACGGUCAAAUACAAAAUAAACGGUCAUUUAGUUAGUGACGCGUAUUUAGACAUAACUUAUCUUUCAAAAGAGCAUAUAUUUUACUUUUAAUUUUGAAUCAUGUUCAGUAAAUCAUUUCACUGAAAUGAUGCCGCGCUUUGCAUUUAGAAUUGUGAAUGAAAUUUGAAUUUGAAAAUGUAGUUAUCUUGCGCAGAAAUCUUUGCAUAUACAAACCUUGGCUCACAAAAAGUUGUUUACAAAAGGUGAACUGUCAAAACAAGCAAGGACGCCAAUCUCCACCAUACCAUCAGGAAAAAGAAAAAAGGAUAAACAUCAAUUGCUCCCCAGUGAUAUGUUCGAACGUUAUCUCACAGCCCUUCAGUAUCCUCGCGUAGGACAGCUAAAUAUCGAUGAUCCGAAGGAUUUCCGCUGCUUCAUGAUGUGGCUGGAGGAUCAGAAGAUUCGCUUCCUGCCGAUCGAAGAGCGGGAACCGCUGCGGAAGGUAAACGCACCGGACGAGUGGAACCGGGCGUACGAAAAGUACAAGAAAGACAUCAAGGUGCCGGAGCACCUGAAGUCGAAGCAGGAGCAGGUAACGUGGCUGCUGCUGUACGCGAUCCGGCUCGAGUACACGGACAACGCGGACCAGUACCGCGCGCUGACCGGUGCGCGCAAGCUGCAGCAAGAGUCGCAGAAAACGACCGUCCCGGAGGUACAGUCGGCGAACCCGUUCGACAGCUUUGACUUUACCAGCGCGGACUUUGAGGAGGGCUCGUGGAAGCUGGCCGAGCGGCUGGGAAUCGCCUACCAUCCGGAUCAUCUCGUGUCGCUGCGUGCGGCCGCCAAAGUUAUCAGCGGUGCGUACAACAGGGAAGCGCUGAAGGAGCGUCCCAUCACCGGGCAGCCGUUCCCGAUCGAGCAGGGCAGCGGGAUGGGCCUAGAAGCCGACGAGGAGCUGGAGCAGUGCGCAAGGAUAAUGCGCCUGCUGCAGAUUCAAAACAUUCGCACGCUGCAGACAACGAUCAACGAAACGAUCGUGGCGGUGCAGAAUGUGACGGCCGAUCCGCGCACCGACACGAAGCUGGGGAAGGUGGGGAUGAAGUAAGUGGUAGGCAAUUUCCUCUAUUUUUUUUUUAUUGUGACACAACGGGGCUCGGGGUGGAAGGAGGAUCCUUUAUUUUAAUACUAAACUCAACUCAACUUAAACUGAAAAA